AUGACCAACCCUGUGAAUGCAAGCUACGAAAAUGCCAACACACGAUCGUCUUGGGAAGGAUAUGCUACUGGUCAAUUAAUCAGGCUUCAAGAUAAAAACCACCGUGUCUUUGCACGUGUGGAUGCAAUUACCCACAAUCAUCAAUACCUUACAAGCCAAUGUCCACAAAACCAUGGUCAUUGGGGGCUUGCCUAUCCAGAAUUACAAACACGUCCACAUGAUGUGUAUUUCAAUCAAGACCAUCAACGUACCCCAUCCCUUCAAACUUUGUUUGAUGCCAUGCGUCAGCAACUUAAUAUUCCCAAUGCCUUUUCAUACCAACUUUGUCCAAAACAUAGGGUUGAUGCCAAUGCAGCCAAAGGUCUACAAAGCGUCUCCAAGCAACAAAAACACAAAGGAAAAUCCAUAUGCCAAAAUCGAGUUGGCCACUUUUGGUUGGGUGGAUACAGCACAAAUGCGAUGAAUCAACAGGUGGCCUGGGUACCCCUGAUAUCCAACCAAUACCAUUAUGAGCUACAUGUUGAUCAAUUUUUGGUGAAUGGCAAGCGAGUACCUAUGCGUGGCAUUAAUCAUCCGAGGACCAUUAUUGAUACCGGGACUAAAGAUAUCGUGUUGAGCAAACAGAAUCUCCAGCACUUGCUACUUUCAAUCAAGGAAUCUGGGUUGGUGCAAUUUGACUCUGCCUUUGUGUCUUCAGAGUACGAGCAAGCAUUUUGGUUCAAUCGUACUCGGCUUACACUUCCCAGUAAAGCAGUCAAGCUCAAUGACGAUAGCAAUGUUGCCAUCUCUUUGAGUGGGCAAAAAGUCGACCUUGAUAUCGAGAACCUCUUUGACGUCGUCCUUAUUGACAACGAUGACGAGACGCAGCCAUGGAUCAACAUUAGCUUGACAGGCUUGUCAUCCCAUAAUGACGAGAACCAGGUUGCAGGGACUAUACUUGGCAACACCUUCAUGCGUGGCAAAACCACCAUAUGGGAUCGUGACCAAGGGCUCAUUGGAUUUACCAGCAGUGGGUAUGAUGAUGAUACAUGUUGUCAACCUGGAUCUGCUGCCGAUAUCAAGGCACUCUUGACGGCUGGGUCAGCAGCAGAGCAUCGUGAACAUGAAGGCCAUUCUCAUCUACAGCCAUUGUUCGUCGUUCUCAUUGCUUGUGCUACGCUUGGUGCCACUGCACACAUUGCAUUGUUUGUGUUACAAUAUUGCUUAUCUCAGCAAAAGCGAUCAACAGCGUAA